GUUGCAAUCGCAAAGCUCGAAACUGUGGACGGAAAAACCCUCGUUCUCCGGCGAACAGUCCAGUGGAUAGGAUUGGGUUUCUACGCAAUUGCAAGGGGGUGCGAAAUGGCGGCAAAAAAAAAGACACGUUCUUGAUCCUUAAAUUAAUAGCCAUUGGGUCGGAGCGGACCGGAGACUCGGCUGCGCAGCUACCAAAGCUCCGAAGAAAGAAGAAAAAUACUCCCUAGCUUGUCCCCUUCUCGAUCCUAGCUUGCUGCCUUGUCAGUCUUUCUCCCGCGAGAAGCCAAGAAGCCGGCAGGGGAGCGCCGGCCGUCGGGCAACAGCUUCACCCAUGGCGACGGGGGAGGGGGCGGACGGGACUGGCAGGAGGGGAGUCCCUUCCCUGCUCGCCGACGGCGGGACUGGCAGGAGGGGAGUCCCUUCCCUGCUCGCCGACGGCGGGACUGGCAGGAGGGGAGUCCCUUCCCUGCUCGCCGACGGCGGGACCGGGCAGGAGGAGCACAUCGCCUCCGACGUCACCCAGCUUAUAGGGUGGACGCCGCUGAUCGAGCUGAAGCGGAUCGCCGGGAAGGACGGGGUGGGUGCCCGCAUCGUCGGCAAGAUCGAGGCCUGUCAGCCCCUCUGCUCCGUCAAGGACCGCAGCGCUCUCAGGAUGAUUGAGGAUGCUGAAGAGAAUGGGCUGAUUUCACCCGGUGUCACGACUCUAGUCGAGGCGACCAGCGGCAAUUUGGGCCUAGGAUUGGUCCUGGUUGCUCUUAGCAAAGGGUACAGGUUCGUUGCGGUGAUGCCGGGCCAAUACUCGCUUGAUAAGCAGAUCUUGUUGAGAUACAUGGGCGCUGAGUUGUUCAUAACCGAUCCAGCGCUUGGGUUUCCGGGAUUAGUUGACAAGGUCGAACAGCUCAAGAAAGAAUUACCGAACGUACAUGUUCUUGAUCAGUUCUCGAAUCCAGCAAAUCCUGAUGCACACAUCAGAUGGACUGGACCUGAGAUUUGGAAGGAUACUGCUGGCAAGGUGGACAUAUUUGUUGCCGGUUCAGGCUCAGGAGGCACUGUAUGUGGUGUCGGAAAGUAUCUGAAGAUGCAAAAUCCAAAUGUGAAGAUCAUUUGUGUGGAACCUGCAGAAAGUCCAGUUAUUUCAGGUGGAGAGCCAGGAAAACAUAAAAUCCAGGGAAUAGGACCAGGAUUCUUACCUAGGAUCUUGGACACCUCGAUCUUUGACGAAACGGUCACCGUGACCACUCAGGACGCAAUGACGAAUGCCAGGAGGUUGGCAAUGGAAGAAGGCCUUCUUGUGGGCAUAUCUUCUGGGGCAAACCUGGCAGCUUGCUUGAAGGUUGCGGCGAGAGAAGAGAACAAGGGGAAGAUGAUUGUGACCAUUUUCCCGAGUGGGGGCGAGAGAUACAUGAACUCUGACCUCUUUGCAGCUGUAAGAGAGGAGUGUAUUGCCAUGACCUUUUAAUCUCACGUCUUAUAAACUCGGAACAGUUGUAUGUGAAGGGUAUAUGUAGUCGGUUACCUUAAUGUGUUGCAGUGGACAGCAUUCCUACGGAGUUUAUCUACAAGGGAUCAUGCAUUGUUAUUAAUCAUUGAAUGAGUGCCCAUGAA